AUGACAGGCCCAGAAGGUGACUGUUUGACGCUUCAUCCAUCACGGGAGGGGUUCGGUCGGACGGCGAGACGACUCUUAUUGCCGGGAGCGCAUAGACGUUGCUGCGGAGCUGCACGCGUGUCUACGCUGGCAGCGAAUACACCUGCAAUGUCUGCUUCAGGCCUGCUGAACACAUGUGACCCAUUUUCACACCUUUCUUGGGGCAUUGUCUCUUCCCGGGCUGUCCCCCCGUCUCGCGCCCGCUGUUUCGCGUCGCACGCUGUAUCUUGUACCGCAAGUUCGACGUCUAACGACCGAUCCCUUAAAUUGGUUUUUCGCGACUCUGCCGCUCCUUCUAAAGGAGGAUGGUCUACUAGUUUGGAACAAUAUCCCUCUACUCGCUAUGCUAUCCCUCUCUUCUAUCCACACCAUUUACCUGUUUCUACAAUACCAUCUCAUAGAACCUGGGGAUCCGCAACUUCCCAUCUGGAUCGACCUCUAUAUGCGAGCGACAAAGGCCUUGACAACUUCCCCCACCUCUGCCAGGGGCUCGCCGACGUUACUGCGUCCUCCUUGUCGCUCCCGUUCCCCGAUUUUGAGGAGCGAUCAUCGAUGCUGCUGAGCGGCCUCGGUGCCCCCACCGCGUACUCGUCAGACGCAGUUGACGAAAGCGGCACGUCUGGUGGUGCAGUGCUGAACGUUUUGCGGGCGCUGAGGCAGAGUAAUACGUUUUGUGCGACUGAGACUGUUCCAGUGGGAGGAACGAUGCCUUUUGCGCCGCUGGGAGGAACGAUGCCUUUUGCGCCGCUGGGAGGAACGAUGCCUUUUGCGCCGCUGGGAGGAACGAUGCCUUUUGCGCCGCUGGGAGGAACGAUGCCUUUUGCGCCGCUGGGAGGAACGAUGCCUUUUGCGCCGCUGGGAGGAACGAUGCCUUUUGCGCCGCUGGGAGGAACGAUGCCACUUGUGCCGCCUGGAGGUCCUCCCGUUCCGCUGUUGCUGCGAUGGCGGCCGAAGAAGAGUUACAAAAAGAGGACGAUGGGGUUGCCGUCGACGAAAGCACGUAGACGGUGGGCGCAAAUGCGGCGGUGA